AUGGGUCUUCCUAACGUUUCUGCAGAUCUUGUCUGGGAGAUUGUUCGCUCCCAGAACGCCUACCUCGUCAAGUCUAAGACUGCCGGCAAGGUCCAGUUCUCUCGCGACCCCCUCAACUUGACGAACAAGCACAGCCGCAAGUAUGCCGGUUUCGUCAACGACAAGGCCAUUGGUAUCACUGGCGGUGAGAAGGGUGGCGUCCAGGUCGUCAGCAAGAAGGCCGGCAGCGCCAACGCCCCGGCCAAGGGCUCCCACAAGGUGACCUUCGGCGGCGCCAAGUCCUCAAGGAAGAUCUACAAGUCUGUCGCCAACCAGACUGCUAAGUCCGGCUACCGUGGUGACCUCCGCGAGGCCGCCGUUGCCCGUGCCAGCGCCAUCCGACGAUCCCAGCGACCGGUCAAGCCGGAGCCGGAGACCAAGCUGAGAGGCUCAAAGGCCAAGAAGGCUGCCGAUAAGGAGUAA